CUGAAUCACUAUACAUGCAACUAAGUGAUUGGCCUAUAUUUCUAGAUGGGUGGGGGUGUUAUUAACACAUGUAAUCAAACAUCGCUGGGAUGGGACCAUCAUUCCAUUUUGCUCACGAAUGGAUAUGCAAUGAAUCAUUACAUCAAAGAAUCAAGGAAGAAGAUGAUGGACAUGGAGUCGUGCGUCCCUCCCGGCUUUCGAUUCCACCCCACCGAAGAAGAACUCGUCGGCUACUACCUCAAGAGGAAGAUCGACGAUCUCAAAAUAGACCUCGAUGUAAUUAUCGAGGUCGAUCUCUACAAAAUUGAGCCAUGGGACAUUCAGGAUAGGUGCAAAUUGGGAUAUGAUGAGCAAAAUGAGUGGUACUUCUUUAGCCACAAGGACAGGAAGUAUCCAACCGGGACGCGUACUAAUAGGGCAACCGCGGCUGGAUUCUGGAAGGCGACUGGAAGGGAUAAGGCGGUGCUGUCCAAGGAAAAGAUCAUCGGCAUGAGGAAGACGUUGGUAUUCUACAAAGGCCGCGCGCCAAAUGGCCGCAAAACAGACUGGAUCAUGCACGAGUAUCGCCUUCAAACUUCCGACCAUGGACCUCCUCAGGAGGAAGGAUGGGUCGUGUGUCGCGCAUUCAAGAAGCCGAACCCAAGCCACAAGCAAGGGUAUGAGGCUUGGAACUACAUGAGAUCAAACAUGGGCGGCUACCGGCCUCAAUCGUAUCCCAACAUGCCUAAUUUCGACCCUAACCAAAACCUCGAUGGCCACAUGCCGAAGCUCGACAGCCCUACCAUGUCCACCACCAGCUUCGCCACCAACGAGGAAGACAUCAAGAGCAGCUUUGGAAGCAGCUUCGAUUAUAAGCUUCUUGGAACUUCGCAUCAACUCAUGGGAACGGCGUCGUUUGACUACACGAACAUGCCGCUGAUCCCACACGGUGAUUACUUGGAUGAUCAAUCCCACUUGAGCAAUCUACUCCAAUGCUUUCCUGACUUAUAGAUUUGCGUUUUAUUUUAGAUUUUUAUAGAGGGAAACUCAAUGGUAAAGAGGGAAGAACUUGUAAAAAAUAACAUUGAUCAAAUCUAUCUAGCUGCAUUUGGUCUUGCGA